CAUGUGACACAGGGAAAAGUACUUUGCUAUUGUCCUUUCCCAAGAAACAGCGGAGGGCCGAGUUCUUGUUGGAUUGUGCAGCUUUGCACGAAUCAUACAUCCACGCAGAGCCCCAAUCAGGGGCCGAAUGAAAUCUCAAGACAAUCGCUGUCGAAGAGAAAGGCACUUUAGCUUGUUGGGUUGACCGGCCGGACCGGGUGAACACAUAGCACUUUUAUCAUCAAUAACAACCUUUCGCUCGCAGAGGUGAAGGACAAAGCUCUCAAGGUAAUGAUUCCGGAUUCUGGUGUGAUACCCGCAGAAGUUAAAGCCCUGGUUUUCGACUGCGAUGGGACUCUUGUGGAUACAAUGCCAAUUCAUUGGAGGGCUUGGUGUGAAAUCUGCAAAGAAACAGGACUCGUAUUUCGCAAAACUGAUUUCUACACUCUAGCGGGAGUACCCGGAAAGAAGAUUAUCAAAGUUUUGGCCAAACAACAGGGAAUCAAACUUGAUCCGUUCGCUAUUUACGACAAAAAAAGGAAGUACUUCCUUGAAGGGUUAACUUCUGUUACACCUAUUCCAUGUGUGGUGCAAAUCGCCCGAGAAGCUCAAAGAUCGGGAAUCCCUAUCGCUGUUGCUUCGGGGAGUUCACGCUCCCAAGUUCAAAAAGCCCUGAAAGUAGCUGGGAUUGACAACCUAUUUGAUGUGGUGCUUGGAAAUGAAGAUUAUGAAGAACAUAAACCUAAACCAGAUGCAUUUAUCACAGCAGCUAGUCGACUUGGCGUCAAGCCUGAGGAAUGCUGGGGUUUUGAAGACACGGAUAUUGGCCUUGAAGCAUUACGACAAGCAGGAUACUAUAGGGUAACAGAUGUACGGCAAAUGGAAGGAUAUCCAGUCAGGACAGAUGAAAAUGGACUAGCAAUAACAAAUCAUAGCACAGAAUUUCGCACUCAAAGAUACAGAGCCUUUACAACAUAGAUAUAAUAAACAUGCCUCUGUAAGAUGUCAAGUUGCCAUGACAUUCAGUGUAACCCUUAAAUGAUCACUUAGUUUUUUUGAGAAGUUACUUUGUUUAAUUCAACCUUUCAGUUUUCUUUUUCAAAAUGUUAGAAGAAAAUUGGGCCUUUUCAUGAAGAUCUUUGGUUGACUAACACAAAUUAAAAACCACAUCAAUUUGAAUGCUGUAUAAUCUACUUUUUAUCUUUAAAAAUGUGUACAAAAGUUUUCUGAGGAACCAUAUCUUUGAUGUAAGAAUUUGGGAAUGAAAAUGUCUGUGAAAACCUUCGAAAGAAAUUAACUCAAAAGUAUUUUACUUAUCAAAUGAAUGUUACAAAGUUCAGUUAAGGUUUCAAAUAUGCAGGUAAUAGAUUGGAACAUUAUGAUGUUAUAUUAGUCAUUUUAGGUUAGUGUGGAGAACUAUAGAUGGAUAGUUUUCAUUCAUCAACAAUCUUCAUUUAAGGGUUGCACUGAAGUUUUCAAGUCCAUUGACUUUUAUACAUACAUUGUACAGUAAUUUUUAUACAAUUAGGAUCUGAUCACACUCCAAGGCCAACGCAACUUUAAUUUUCUGACAGUGAUCCGAUGGGGAAAAAACUUUUAGAACUAUUUAAUGCAACUAUAAUCUUAACUUGAGUGUUUGGUCAUUGAUGGUUAUAUCUUUGCUACAAAUGGCCAAGGGUUUGCUCGUUUAUGUGUCAUUCCUACUCUUACCAAAUCUGCUCUGUAGUUUCCUGAUUGCUGCAGAAGUGCUGAACUAAAUUUUGUUACAUAAUUAUUUGUAGAUUUUUGAUAAUCAUCAAAGUUCAGUUGAUCAUAACAUUAUACGAUUGGCAGGCCCUAGAAUAUCCCUCUAGCUAAAUUUAUUUUAAAAUAAUAUUUGUUGAGAAGAAGAGAAAAGCAAACAAAUUCUAGGUUUGAUGAUGUCUAAACCAGAAAAGGUUGCAAAAGUGCUAUCUCUUUAAAUUUUGUUGUAAGAAAGCUUCAUGUAUUUAUUUAAAUAAUAGUUUCCUAAGUUUUAUUGGGAAUAACCUGAAGGUAUAAAUUUGAUUUAGAUAUGUGGAAAAUUUAAUUACAUUUGAAGGGAUCAAAAUAUCUCGGAAUCGGUAAUUUGCAGAGUACAAUUCUUUUCCAGUCAUAUAUAAUAAAACUGUGAGUUUUGUUUUUGUUAGAACUAUUUAAUCCGUUUCUGAAAUUUUGAGCAGAAGUAGAUAUUUGUUCAGAAGUGAACUGGGAACUGGGAAAGUGAACUGGGAAAGAUUAAACAAUAAUAUUUGUAAAUUUAUUCUUCAAUGUAAAGAGACGACAAACCAUAUCUUAAAGAUCAACAUCUUCAAGAUUCCAAAAAUUGUAUUGACCAGACAGAUGUUAUUAUAAGUUGAAAUAAUCAGGAGCAAUGUUAUUAUCCACUGCUUGUUGGUGACCACAUAAAAUGAUAGGCUGCUACAGAUAGAUAUUUACAUGUCGAAGAAUGUGCUUAAUAACUUUGAAGGAAUCGACCAUGUAGUAAUUUCUUACAUCAAUUGUAUCAAUCAGUUUGUUGAGCUUGCAGGUGACAAGAUUUAAGAAAAUCUCUGGAAAUAUUUGGAUUUAAAAAAAGUAAAAGAACUUGAAAUUAACAUCAAUGGAGAGAACGACUAAGCUGCUACAUUAAGAGAAAACAAGGUAGAAUUAAAAACAAAAAUAAAAACAAGGAUAUUUAACUUCAA